AUUCACUCGACGUGCCCAUCGAGUCUCGUCUCGCUCAUCGCACACUCUGGUCCUCGGCGCACACUCACAGCUGCAGCAGAGGUAUCACAGCUCCCGCCACUCCAAAACAGCAGCCCGCGGUUGCGUCUAGUCGUCACCAGCUCAACUUCAACCCCGGCGCCAACGCGACACAAUGAGGCUCUCACUCCCGAUCGCAGCCUUGGGAGCGUUGGGCAUGGCGAGCAGUGCCCUCGCUUACAAGACCAAAAUCAAAGACACGGACGAGUUCCGUGAGGUAUGCACCGGCAUGUACGGCGGCAAGGACGCGUUCGUCGAGGUAUCGUUUGACGGCUCCUCCGAGGGGCAGGUCUCGCUCGUCAUCUACGAGUGGGAGGACGCAGGCUUCCUCGGCGCGCACGAGAACGGCAAGGACACGCUCGUUGACCACCCAAAAACGUACAUCUGUACGACGUCGGCCUUGGGCAACGGUCUGUGUACCACUGAUCAGCUGGGCCAGUUCAUCAUCACGCUCCCGCCUGGACGCACUAUCAACUCGACGUCCAUCUUCACCGCCGCCGUCAAGUUUGACUCGCCGCCGCCGGGUAGCAACAGUACCAAGCGUGCGGGCGGGAAGUGGCCGCCAGAGGCCUUGGCCGACCAGGACAAGGAUAAGAACGAUGCUGAGGCCGAGUCGGACAUUGGUGACCCGCCCGCCAACGGCGGCCACUUGAGCGGGCCGGCAGAGCAUGCUCCGCAGGCCACGCAGGAUGACGACCCGACGCCGUCGACGCCAGAGGUCCACAAGCCUGUCGACGACGAGUUUGCCUCCAAGCCCCAGACCCAGACUCAGACCGGCGGGUCCUCUGGGAGCGGCGGGGCCGGCGGCAGCAUGGUGUACAUGGCGCCCAUCCACUACCUCGUCCCCAAGACGGGCUACUACUGCGUCGGCGUGGUGCCCAUCACCCUGGUGAGCCACGACCGCAGGGUCGAGGAGCGCCAGAAGAGCAACGUCCACGGCGCGUACAGCGGCGAGGUUCUCUUCCGCAACCAGUUCCAGGGCGAGCUCCCCGCGUCCGAGUACCCCAAGAUUGGCUUCUACGGCUUCCUGUCCAUCGUCUAUGUCCUCCUCGCGAUCGGCUGGGGCAUCCUCUGCGCCAAGCACUAUCAUGAGCUGCUGCCAAUGCAGUACUACAUCUCGGGCACGAUCGUCUUCCUCGUGAUCGAGAUGCUUGCGCUGUUCGCGUACUACCGCUUCAUCAACAAGCACGGCCAGGGUGGCGGAAGCACGGCGUUCUUGAUCCUCAUCUCGGUGCUCAACGCCGCACGCAACUCGCUGUCCUUCUUCCUCCUGCUCAUUGUCGCCAUGGGCCUGUCAGUGGUCACCCCGUCGCUUGGCACGGUCAUGCACCGGGUGUGGCUCCUCACCGGCUUCCACUUUGUCUUUGGGGUCAUGUACGCCGUCGGCACCGUCAAGGUCCAGAUUGACAGCGCGGCGCUCAUCAUGGUCAUCAUGUUCAUCUUCCCGCUGGCCCUCACGCUCACCGCGUUCCUCAUGUGGAUUAUCAUCAGCCUGAAUGGCACCAUCCUGCACCUCCAGCAGCGCAAGCAAAACUUCAAGCUGUCCAUGUUCCAGAACCUGUGGCGGAUUCUCAUCAUGGCUGUGAUUGCCGUCGCGGCCUUCUUUGUCAUCUCGUCCAUCUCGCUUUCCAACCGUCUCGACGAGGACUAUGCGCCUAGGACUUGGAAGUACCGCUGGGUGCUGCUGGACGCGUCGCUUGCGCUCAUCUACCUCGCCGUGUUUGCGUCCAUUGCGUGGCUCUGGCGUCCGACCGAGAACAAUGUUCGGUUCGCAAUGUCGACCGAGCUGGCGCAGGACGAGGCGGAUGCCGAGGACUAUGAGAUUGACGCCUUGGCUCAGCACCGGCCCGAGGGGCUGUCGCUCGAGCCGGACAGCGAGUACCAGCACAUCCACGGCGAGCCGGGCACCGAGGACGAGCGCAAGCGGCUGUACGAUGGCCCGUCGGCGAGCGGCGGCGGUGGUGGAGCCCGCCGCGAGAUCCACGACGACAAUGUCGUGUUUGCCAUGGGCGACGACUCGGACGACAGCGACGACGAUGACCACGAGGGGACUCACCUCAAGAAGGCGGGCGAGCGCGAGCGCGACCGCAGCCACAGCGGCCAGUCGAGCCGCCGUUCGAGCGGCAGUGCCGGGCGCUUCCGUGACAGCGUGAGCGUGGAGGAGGAGGAGGUGGAGGUGCGGCGGCCAAAGGACAAGGCGGAUUAGGAGUGUCGUUGGCGUGUCGUAGGAGGAGGCGUAGCUUGAAUACCAUCUGCAUGCACAUAGAGUUUGGCUUG